AUGGCUGUAUCGAUAAGGGGCCGAUGGAUUCGUUACGCGUCCAUCUACGAUGGUGGUUGUGAUAGUGGAGCGAGAGAGCGCUCAUCGGCGUGGGUCGCCGCUCAGGUCUGCUUGGACGAGUUUACAAAUGUUGAAGUUUUGCACGUCUCUCCACGGCGUUGCAUGAGAGUGCCAAGGCCAGACAAGCUAACUCGGCGAUUCGGCUCCGAUGAAACCCAGGGGCCUCGCGCCCACCACUUGAACAGACAAAGCCGCCGGCCCAGCUCUGCCAGUGGCGCGUACAGCACCGUGUCGACAGAGAAGCGUCCGCGGCGAGGCUUAGCUAUGAUGCCGAGGGAUUUCCUUCCAAACACUCCCCGUCUUGGGGGACAUGCUUGCCCCAUGGUAAUACCUACUCACUUACUUACUUACUUACUUACACAUGAACACUUCGGCCUCUCGGACAUGGGCCUGACUUUCAAGGGGCCUUUCCUCGCGUCCAGUCUACCCUUGAUUUGCUUUUUCAGAUUGCAAAUCGCUUCCUCGUGGGACCCAAAUCCGCACCAUGCCAAUGGUCGCAGCCAAGAGUGCCUACCAAACACUGUCCUUUGCCAUUAUUCGAGGCGAGCGCCAGCUCCACAAGAAAUUCGUUUUGCCCAAGUGUAG